AAAAUAAUACACAGUGGUCUGUUAAAAAUAAAAAACGACAUCCAGACCACAGCAAGAUAUCCCGACCACGUCAUCGCCCGACUGAGGGUCGCACCUCUUUGAUUGGAUCUUCCAUUAUUGAUCUCUCUCUCUCUCUCUCUCUCUUUCUCUCUGCAUUCGCAUCCAAAGCCAGAGCUUACUGUCGGUCUCACUCUCUCUCUCUCUCUCUCUCUAUUCGUGGUGCAAGGUCAUUAUGUCAGGCGUGGAGGAUCUCAAAGAGAAAGAACGAGUGGAUGGAGAUAUCCCCAUUGAGUCUGAAAAAUCUAUGCCAUCAUCUCAAGAGGAGGAGGCAGCAGUAAAGAAGAAAUACGGUGGAAUAGUGCCCAAGAAACCACCACUCAUUUCUAAGGACCAUGAACGUGCUUACUUUGAUUCUGCUGAUUGGGCUUUGGGAAAGCAAGGUGUCGAGAAGCCCAAAGGACCACUUGAAGCCCUUCGGCCCAAAUUGCAGAAAACUGGAUGGCCUUUAGGAUUGCUGUGGCUUCAAUGUCCUUUUUGCUAUUUUUUAUUUGGUAGGUAAUUUUCUUUGAACUCAUAAGCCCCUUUUUAUUCUUAAAUUAGGCUACCAUAAUUUCACCUUUGCUGUAUGAGCUCAAUCCUGACACCUGCUUUAUUUAAAUUUGUUAAAGAGUAUGAUCUCCAUUUAUCUAAUUCAUGCUAUCCAGUAGUGACUUCCAAAUUGUUCCUGGCUCAAGGUCGGAGGUCCCACAAUUUCCUGUUGGUGUGCAAAAUUAAUGUGAACAAUUCACAUUUUAUGUGGUCUAACCUUGCUACCAUGUUUAUGGUUCCAGAGUGUCCAUACUCCAUAACAUCCUUGCCUAGACUCUUGAAUGACUAAUUCUAUAGUUUUAAUUUGAAACUUAUUCUAGAAUUCUACUAAACUGUAAUUAAGAAAAUGAAAAAUCCUAUGGCGUGUGUGUAGUGUUGUCAACAGUGAGCUAGGCGCUCACAUUGUUCUAGUGCCUGGGCUAGGCACCACUAAGGCACCUCUGAAGCCUCAAGGUGAGGUUCCUUUAUUGGGGUGCUUGCCUUUGGUGGUUAAGAGUCUGUUACAUAAAGUCUCAGGUGCUUGAGCUGAGUGCCUCAGUAAAAUUCCCUAUAUUUUAUGGGUGGACAAAGUACACCCUUUAAAAAACAUUUCAAAAGAAAGAUGAUCAAGUCUGCUUGGCCGAUUUAUUUAGUUUAUCAUAAAUGAAGGUGUGGGGCACUCAAAUUUGUUUUGUCUUGAUUUCUCAUCUCUCUCCCUCUAGGUUCCACAAGGGGGGCCAAAAAAAAAAAAAAAUCCCUUUUGGCGAUAUGCAUCAUUGUCUAUGGAGCUUUUGCCUUGAGGUUUGACGAAAUGUUAGAAACUUCCCCUCUUAUUUUCAUAAAUGACACUCCACCCCUUGAGGUUGUGGUUUGUAUAACAAAUAACCCUUUAUGACCAUUACAAAUUGAGUCAAAAUAUACAAUUUUCAAAUUAAAUUCUCUUCUAGAAUAACCUCAAUAUAUAUAUAUAUAUAUAUAUAUACUCAUAUAUAAGUAAAGAAAAUUUUAUUCAAAGUCAUAAGAAGAAGUCACCCAAAUAUAUAGGAAGUAUACUGCAAGAGACCAAAACAAUCAAAUAUGCAAAUUGCAAGCAUCCAUCAAAUCAUAAACCGGAGAAAUAGAAUGACUUCCUAUGAUAGAUAUCCAAUCUAAUAGUGUUUUAAAGAAGAAAAGUUAUAAGUUGGCUAUUGUUUUUUCAGAGUCCUCAAAACACUGGUUGUUUCUCUUCUACCAAAUGCACCACAUCAAACAAUGACUUCUAAAAGAUUGUUUAGUAACUGGAUUGGUUAUGUGAUAAGAAAAUUUAGAAAAAAAAUAUAAAAUAAAAAUAAUAACCACAAGGGAAUAAGUGUCAUUUUAAAAAAAUAGGAGAGAGUUUUUGACAUUUUCCAAAACCUCAAGGGAGGUUAUUGUAAUUUACCAUUUUGCUUUUCUUUGUCCAAUUCUACUUUGACUUGAUCUCCAUGGUGAUUCCUCUUAGCCAUUUUCUUUUAUAUUUUCUAUUAAAUGGGUUUUUUUUCUUUCCCCAACAUGCAUUUUAUACCCCAAAUUUUAUUCAUUUUACUCUAUAAAGCGUAAAGAAAUUAUAAAAUGGCUCCAUUUUUGUAAUUUUUUUUAUUGAAUUGAAAUUGUUAGAAUUAUGGUUAAAUAAUUAAAUUCACUAUUUCUUUAUAGCUUAUGCUUUUAGAACAAUCAGUAACUUAUCAUAGUAUUAGAGUAGGAGAUCCUAAAUUUGAUCCCUGUCUCUACCUCCCAUUUAAAAUGUUAAAAAUCUCAUAUGUUGGGCUCCACUUAUUAAAGGAGAGUUUAGGCCAAGGGGAAGUGUUAGAAUUAUGGUUAAAUAAUUAAAUUUACAAUUUCCUAAUAAUUUAAACUUUUGGGACAAUUGGUAACUUAUUAGAAAUUAUUAUCAUUCUAUUUAGCUUUGUUUUGGUUUUUUGUUUUUUUUUUUUUUUGAAAACUCCCCUUUAUUUUAGUCAAAAUCUCUUAACACAUAAAUGUUUCCUCUCUCUCUCUCUCUCUCUCUCUCUCUCUCUCUUUUCCUUUUAACAAAAUGCCAAGUUGUAAAUGAAUACAUUACAUUUUUGGAAAACAAUUCAUUAAGAUUCCAGUUUAUUACUUUAGGUUAUAAUUUGAGUUUAUAAUAUUUGCACAUGUUUAGAUAGUGUUGUCUUCACUUGGGUAGGCUCCCUUUUAGUGCCUUGUGGGCCAUAGACAGACUUGGCACCCUGAGGCCAAUUUUCACUUUUAACAACAUUAGGUGUGUAACACACAUACACGCACAUGCAAGCUUGUAUGAGUUGUAUCUAUACAUAGAUUCUUGCGCGCAAGUCUGUGCAAAAUUGUAUGCACAAGGUGCAUCUUGCAUACAAGAAAAGUAUGAUUAUAUGAUUCAAGAUUGAGGCAAAGUGGUAAGUCCAACAUGAAUGAUUGAAAUGCCAAAAUGGGUUGAGCAGGCUACUGUCAGCAUGCCUAUCUAAUGGUUAGCUUUAUGGAUCGGCUUAAAAAGAACUAGUUGGACAUGUUUACCUAUUAUAUCAACAUACAAGAACUAACAUUUAAAUUGAGUGUACUUUUAUUCCUAUUCUGAAAUCUCUAUAAUGCUCAUGAAAAGUUAUUCUUGGUGCUUUAUUUUUUUAGCCCACACAACAGCAAACAAGAUACCGGAAGUCUCCCUAUGCUCCAGCAGGUGGUGAAGGUG